AUGCGAGUCUCUGAUAAGAGUAGACGACAAAAACAUCUAAACCAUCGCCAUCUUUUAGUCUUUUACUAAAAUAAAGAAAGAUAAAGGAGUCUAUUUUCUGCAGUUUUUAUAGUCGUUUUCAAAUUGUACAAAAACAAAUAAUAGAAGGUAGUCUAAGGUCAAUUAAUUACUUCAAAGUUACCUAUAAUUUUUAGUAUUCUUUAACGUACUAUUUAACGAGACAAUUGGUAAAUGUUAAAGGUGUUCCAAAGAUUUUCAGGUUAUCAAUUCAGUACACAAUUGUUUUUUCGCAAUAUGUUUAAAUCACCGACUAAAAAAUGUUCAAUGUUUACAAGUGCAUUAAAUAGUAAGUUGAAUCUAGCAUUUUCACCUGAACAUCUAGAUAUCAUCAACGAAUCUCACAAGCAUAAUGUCCCUGCAGACUCAGAAACACAUUUUAAAGUUAUAGUCAUAUCAGAGCUAUUCACAGAUGUACCUAUUAUUAAGCGACAUCGAAUGAUUUACGAGGUACUUGAAAAUGAGUUACAAACUGGAAUUCAUGCUCUUUCAAUUAUAGCAAAAACACCAAUUGAAUGGUACGAAAGCCAUAAAAAUAUCACACCCACUCCACAAUGCAAAGGUGGAUUUGGACAAUAAUUUAUAAAAAUUUGUUUUUACAUAUACAAUUAUCUUUUGAAAAUGUAAAGUCAAAUUUUU